GAGCUCUGCAUCUCAGUCCAUCUCCUCUCCAGGGCAGGCAGACCUCCUGAGCAGUCUUUACAGAAUCAUCCUCUGCAAUAAUGAGUAGCAGAAUCUCAAGUACCUUUUCUGGGCGCUCCUUUAGAAGUGGAGGCAUGGGUGGAGGCAUGGGAGGAGGAGGCAUGGUGCAAAGGUCAUAUGCCUCAAGUGUGCAUGGUGGUGCAGGUGGCAGUGGAGCUAGAAUCUCUGUGUCCUCUGGCAGUUUUGGAGCUGGAGGUGGCAGUUAUGGUUUUGGCUAUGGAGGGGGCGCAGGCUAUGGAGGGGGCGCAGGCUAUGGAGGGGGUGCAGGCUUCGGUGGAGGUGACCUAGACCUCCAUGUUGGGGCCAAUGAGAAGGCCACCAUGCAGAAUCUGAAUGACCGUCUGGCCUCCUACCUGGACAAGGUGCGCAGUCUUGAGAAGGCCAAUGCUGAGCUGGAGCUCAAGAUCCGCCAGUUCUUGGAGAGUAAGACAGCCCCCAGUUCCCGUGACUACUCUGCUUACGAGGCCACCAUUGCUGACCUACAGGGAAAGAUCCAGGAUGCCACCCGUACCAAUGGAGGCAUCUAUCUGGCCAUUGACAAUGCAAAACUGGCAGCAGAUGACUUCAGAACCAAGUAUGAGAAUGAGCUAGCCAUGCGUCAAUCAGUGGAGGCAGAUAUCGCCGGUCUAAAGAGACUGCUGGAUGAGCUGACACUGGCCAGAUCAGACCUGGAGAUGCAGAUAGAAGGCCUCAGGGAGGAGCUGAUCUUCCUCAAGAAGAACCAUGAGGAGGAACUGGCAGCCAUGAGGAACCAGAUGAGUGGACAGAUCAACGUAGAGGUGGACGCAAAACCACAGGCAGACCUGACCAGCAUUAUGGCUGAGAUCAGAGAGCAGUAUGAGAAUGUGGCUGCCAAGAACCAGAAAGAACUUGAAGUCUGGUUCCAGACGAAGACAGAGGCCCUGAACAAGGAGGUGGCAGCCAGCACAGAAGGUCUCCAAACAUUCAAGUCAGAGUUCUCUGAGCUCCGUCGCACACUACAGGGCCUGGAGAUCGAGCUCCAGUCACAACUAAGCAUGAAAGCCGCACUGGAAGGAACUUUAGCUGACACAGAGGCACGGUAUGCCAUGCGGCUCCAAGGCCUCCAAGGUCAGGUGACGGGACUGGAAGACCAACUGACGCAGCUGCGUGCUGACAUGGAACGCCAGAACCAAGAAUACAAAAUGCUGCUCGACAUCAAGACACGGCUGGAGAUGGAGAUUGCAGAAUACAAGAGGCUGCUGGAUGGAGAGGGCAGUGUCAUUGCUGGUUCCUCAACGUCCCUUGGAGCAAAGGUGGUAGUGGUCACAGAGGAGCUGAGAGAUGGCAAGGUGGUGUCCUCCUCCACCACCACUGCCUAAUAAUCUGUCUUGCACAGCAUCCACAGCAAACGCAAUACAAGGGGUAUCACCUUAAGGCCACAAGCUCAACAUCUGAAUCAAAACUUUCCUUCACAUGCACAUGUGAAUGCAAUAAAAGGCUCUUUGUUUGCUGACUACCA